GUGUCACACGUAUCUCAUCUUCCAGUACUUGCUGGAUUUAGCGAGGAAAGGAGGCCCUGAUAUGACCCUGAGGAGGAAGCACUUCUCGACGACGUACGACACAGAAGAAAGAGACAGACGGACACAUCGGCGCUACCUGAAGAUUCUGAGGGAAGUGAAAGAGGAGUGUGGAGAUACUACCUUGUCUUCUGAUGAAGAAGAUUUAAGCUCCUGGCCUCCAAGUUCUCCAGCACGUUGUCCGAGUCCACCCAUUCCCCUGAGAGUGAUCCCCACAUUGUCAACCUCAGACAUGAAAACAGCAGACAAGAUAGAACUUGGGGAAAGUGAUUUGAAGAUGAUGUUAAGGAAGCACCAUGAGAAACGAAAACGUCAACCUGACCACCCUGAUCUAGUGACGACAGACGUGACUCUUGAGGACAUUAUGACUCGAGUAAACGCUGGCAGGAAAGGUUCCUUAGCAGCCUUAUUCGACCUUGCAACCCUCAAGAAAAAGGUGAAGGAAAAGGAAGAUAAGAAGAAAAAAAAGCUGAAGAGUAUUAAAUCCGAGGUGGAAGAUUUGGCUGACUCUCUUAGCAAUGCAGAUGGAAUCCCAUCGAUGUCUCAGGAUCCUUCCCCCAUCCCUCUAUCGUCUGUCAAAGAGGAACCUCUUGAAGAGAUGAAGCCGUGCCUUGGAAUAAAUGAAAUAUCUUCCAGCUUCUUUUUCCUUCUUCUGGAGAUACUGUUUCUGGAAGGACCCGCUACUCUCUCUGUGCUUGAAGAUAAAGUUCUAGAUUGGCAAUCUUCUCCUGCCAGCGCACUAAAUAACUGGUUCUCCUUUGCCCCUAACUGGUCUGAACUGGUUUUACCUGCCUUGCAGUACUUAACAGGUGACAGCAGAGAUGUUCCUUCCAGCUUCUCACCUUUUGUUGAAUUCAAGGAAAAAACUCAGCAAUGGAAACUGCUCGGUUCUUGCCAAGAUCACGACAAGGAAUUGGCAGCACUGUUUCAGCUCUGGUUGGAGACCAAAGACCAGACUUUUUUCAAAGAAAACGAAGACAGCUCGGACGCCACAACUCCAAUUCCCAGAGUGACUGACUACGUAGUCCGACCUAGCACUGGAGAGGAGAAACGCGUGUUUCAGGAGCAGGAACGUUACCGUUACAGCCAGCCCCACAAAGCUUUCACUUUCCGUAUGCAUGGCUUUGAGUCAGUUGUUGGUCCUGUGAAGGGGGUGUUUGACAAGGAAACCUCAUUGAACAAAGCCCGAGAGCAUUCUCUCCUGCGCUCAGACAGACCAGCGUAUGUCACCAUCUUGUCCCUUGUUCGUGAUGCUGCUGCUCGCCUUCCUAACGGAGAAGGAACUCGUGCUGAGAUCUGUGAGCUGCUUAAAGAUUCCCAGUUCCUAGCACCCGAUGUCACAAGUGCUCAAGUUAAUACUGUUGUUAGUGGUGCUCUGGAUCGAUUACAUUAUGAGAAAGACCCCUGUGUGAAAUAUGACAUUGGACGCAAGUUGUGGAUCUACCUGCACCGGGACAGGAGCGAGGAAGAGUUUGAACGGAUCCACCAGGCUCAAGCUGCUGCAGCAAAGGCCAAGAAAGCUCUUCAGCAGAAGCCCAAACCUCCGGCUAAAAUGAAGUCUAGUAGCAAGGAGAGCUCUGUGAAAGCACUCCCCAGCAGCACUUCAGAGCCCACUCAGCUGAGCCUCAGUGAUUCCAGCAUGCCACCAACUCCCGUGACUCCCGUGACACCAACUGCACCAGCAUUACCAGCAACGCCUAUUUCGCCCCCACCAGUGCCUGUGGUUAGCAAGAGUGUGUCUAGUGCUGGAUCAGAGCCAGCAAAACCCAGCCAAAGCGUUCUUCUGGUGUCAUCCCCUACCAUGCCACAGCUUGGGACGUUGCUUUCCACAGCGCAGAGUUCGCAGACCCAGCCGGGGCCGCAGCCACCUCCCACCCGGGUGGUAAGUCAUACCACCUCCUCGGGACUGCCGCAGGUCCGGGUGGUCACUGCCCAGUCCAGCCUCCCAGCUGUGUCUCAGCAAGCCCCAGUGGUCGCCCAGCAGCAGCAACCUACGUCAGUGCCUCAAAUCCGCGUUCCAGCUACAGCCGCGCAAACCAAAGUGCUCCCUCAGGCUGUGGUGACUCUGCCGGUAAAAGCUCAAACCAGCCCAGUGCAGGUGCAAAGGCCAGGAAGCUCCGCGACAGGACAGACAGGCAUCACUGUGACGGGACUGUCUGCAGCGCCCAGUCCCACUGUAAAGCCAGUUACCAGCUCUCCGGGCAGUUCUGCUACAAGCACCUCCUCUACCACUGUCAUCCAGAAUGUAGCUGGCCAGAAUAUCAUCAAGCAGGUGGCUAUCACGGGACAACUUGGCAUGAAGGCCCAGCCUGGAAGUGGCAUCCCACUCACAGCGACCAAUUUUCGGAUCCAAGGCAAGGAUGUGUUGCGCCUACCCCCGUCCUCUAUCACCACAGAUGCAAAGGGACAGACUGUGCUGCGUAUCACCCCGGACAUGAUGGCCACACUGGCCAAAUCUCAAGUCACUACUGUCAAACUGACUCAGGACCUCUUCACGGCAGCUGCGGGAAGCAGUGCUAGUGGGAAGGGCAUCUCUGCAACUUUGCACGUCACAUCCAAUCCUGUCCAGACUGCUGAUUCUCCAGCCAAGACUAGCACGGCCACUUCUGCGUCUUCCAGCCCAGCUGGAAGCACCGUGGUUAAAGUGACUCCCGACUUAAAGACUGCAGAGCCAACAAGCUCCGCUUUCCGCCUGAUGCCUGCUCUGGGCAUGACUGUGGCAGAUCAGAAGAGCAAAGCCAUAACUACGGUGGCAUCCACUGAGGCCAAGCCGGCUGCUACUAUAAGAAUCGUGCAGGGGCUGGGGGUGAUGCCGCCCAAAGCUGGGCAGACUAUAACAGUAGCUACUCACGCUAAGCAAGUGCCCUCUUCCUCAGCAGUGAGCGUGCCCGGCACAGUCCAUACCUCAGCUGUCUCUUUACCAACCAUGAGCGCCACAGUGUCGAAAGCAGUUGCUGUGGCCUCGGGAGCUGCUGGGACUCCCAAAACUAUAGGCACAGGAGCCACUGCUGUGCGGCAGGUACCCGUCAGCACCACAGUAGUAUCUACAUCCCAGGCAGGCAAACUACCAGCACGAAUAACAGUGCCUCUGUCAGUGAUCAGCCAGCCAGUGAAAGGCAAGAGCGUGGUGACUGCCCCCAUCAUCAAGGGCAACCUCGGGGCCAACAUCAGCGGAUUAGGUAGAAAUAUCAUCCUGACUACGAUGCCAGCAGGGACAAAACUGAUCGCUGGGAACAAGCCAGUGAGCUUUCUGACUGCACAGCAACUACAGCAGCUGCAGCAGCAAGGCCAGGCCACGCAGGUUCGAAUUCAAACUGUACCAGCCUCCCAUCUCCAGCAGGGAACAGUGUCUGGCUCUACUAAAGCGGUUUCCACUGUGGUUGUGACAACAGCUCCAUCUCCAAAACAGACCCAAGAUCAGCUGUGAACACUGGUUUGAAAAUGGAUCACUUUCCAAGAACUUCCCAGAGUCCGUGGUCAUCCUCCAUCCAACCACCCAAGGCUGCCUAAUGGCAGUCGUGGCUAGGGAUCGGACUGGGUUCUGGCACGUUGCUUGGCUGGAGUCAGCAUUGUGAUGUCUAGGUAGAAAUUCCACAGCCAAAGGUGCUGUAACCUACAAAACAAAAUGUUUCUGUCCAGAUGUGUAAAGCCAUGUUCUGUGGCAUGGGUCAUUUAAGAAACGUCUUCCUUUUCUUUGUUCCCUUCCCAUCCCAAGGGCUUUUUGAGAAUAUCAUUUCUGUGCAUUUUGGGUUGUAGACAAAGCAGUUGAUCCUGGGUCUUCCUCAACCAGGGAAACUUGCUUGGAAGGGGCAAUCCAGACUUUUCAAAGUCGUGAAGAAGAUGCCUCCUUUUGCUGGCAUCUGGCUGUCACUACUUUUAUAUGGGUGACUUUGGAUGGUGGCUUGGACACUAGAGUUUGUUUGUAACAUAGCCUGGAAGUAGAUCCCUAGCACAUUCAGUGCACUAUUUAUAGUCGUUUUAAAUACCUCUCCCCUAUCUCUGCGCUCAGACUUCUUUUGAACAGAUCCCACUUCCAUGUCAAAUUUCUGUCAAAGGCAGGAUGCCGGUCAAGAAGGUUUUUGCUGUAAAAAAGCUAGUAACCGUGGGGAAGAGUGAGAAGUGGAGGAGUUACAGAAAGUCAUUGCAUGAACAAGUCUGUCAGCAAAUGGGAAUACAGUGGGGAAAAAAAAAAAGGAAGUUUUCACCAGGAGGAUCCUCCUUUAGCUCUCCCCAGCAGAUGAACCUUUUUAUCAGUCAAAAAAGGCUGUAGCUUGUUUUAAAAGUUUGGAAUAUGUUUUCAAAUAUACCCAAACUGUAGUCUCCAGGACUCGGAAGAAAUAUUUUAACCCAUGAUCCUGGCCUUCAGUUUUGUUUUUACCUUUGCGAUUUUAUCUCUGUACGUAAAUAUGUUUGAAUUUUGCACAUGCCGGAGAUGAAUUCGUGGCUGUUCUGACAUGACCUUUCUCGGAAUGAGAUCAGAAGAUAUGUUGGACCAGGAGAAGAAUAAAAGGGCAGAAAGCCUUACAAAUCUCUCUGCCACCUCCUUUCGGUUUUGUACAGCGUGUUGUUUUGUGUACAAUGUCUAGCUUGCCAAGGGCUAAUAGAUUCUCCAUCUUCUUCGUAAGAUGGUUCUUUUUAACCUGGUUUCUCUUGUAGUUUUUUUUUUUUUUUAAAUAUGUGGUUUACUCCAAGUUACAUGAUAUUGAAUAUAAUUAUUUAAAGAACUGAGUCGUACGGUUCAGCGCUCUCCGGUGCUGGCUGAGCUGCGUGGCGGGAGCUGUGUGUGUUGCUGUUCAGAACUACCGCACCGGAGCGGCAGUUUUGCUGGGCUUCAGGCCGGGUGUGUCGGUCUUUCUGUCCAAUAGCUAAUUACUUCAGGGGUGGGCUGGAGGAAAUCAGGUAUUUUCAGUAAAAAAAGAAGUGGCUGGCUGCAAGUGUUGAGUAAGCAGGGCGCAUCAGUACGCCGUUUUAAAGCAAGCGCUUGAAUUAUGGUUUAUACGCCUCGGGAACAGAAUUUGGAGUGAUAAAGGUUUUCUGAGCACCUGUCCUGCUUUGGCAAUUUUUGUACCUUUUUUUUGUACAUUUAACUGUCGACUGAGGAGACGGCAGAAAGGCCGUGGUUUGGGAGGGAGGCGAGGACGUUCUUCAGUCCUUUUAGCUGUGAAGUUAAAGUAAGAAAUGAAGGAGACGACAAAUGACUUCCUGGUGUGGCUUAUGUGAGCGAGCCUCUAAAUCCAAAACGUAAUCAAGCUAAUCCUGCUGUGUUAGUUCUGUUUGUAAUUAAUAAAGCUCUUCAGUGUCAAAACCAACAAUCAAGUACUGAAAGAUGGUUACAGCGUGAAGCCCCUUCAAUUUCUCUGAAUCCUCUUGCCAGUGACCACAUGAAUUUGUCACUGGGCACGAGCGGCUUUGGCAGGAUUAAGUUUAACAAAACAAGAAACCUGCAUCUAAUCCCGUGAGUCUCAGAUUGCUCCUGCUGCUGAGUUUUUAAGAGUCUUGCUGUUCAGGUCGCCAUCUCUUUUCUUCCAUACCCAUCUUUGCUGCACUGCUAACGUGUGAGCACCCUUUGCCUUCGUCGCUGCUUCGCUGAAGCCUGUCCUGUUUGCCUCUGAAGUGUGUGAUCUUUGGGGGAAGAAGCAUCAGGGCUUAUUUCGAAGGACCAUGUGCUGGAUUAAACACUAUAUGUUUACUCCAGUUUUCCAGGACAAAGUACAGCCUGUGCUACGGUUCAGCUGCCGCCUGCCUGGUGAGUCGCUUCCACUCUGGUUGAAAAAUAACCCUUAAGCUACUGGGAGUAAAGAGCCCUUGUUUCUAAUAAGUAACCUUUACCUUCUACACAGUAGGCUGAAGGGCAGAGAGGGGCUGGAGUUAUUUUGGUUUUGGUGCAUGCUGGGACUGGAUGAAGGUGUAUUGAAGCUAGGCUCUGUUCCAUGUGGUGUUUGCUCUUAAUGUCCUCUUGCUGUGGCGACGGAAAGCUGUCCGGAUGAGUACUGCACUGAGAGCGGCACAGGGGAGCGUGCACGCAGAGGAGGACAGCCUAGAGAAAGCACUAAGCCAGUGCUGCCCGCUUUCCAUCAGUUUGUCCUGCCUGAAGCUGAAGGGGCUUUCAGUCUGACACCCUUUGCCGUUACCCUUUUUAACUAAAAACCACAAGUGCAGCCUGCUUUCGUCACAGCGAGAUGCUGGCUGGAGUUAUCCCAGGGCCUUGAUUAUUUCUUAAAAACCGUGGAUUAGGUGUUUAUUUCCUGCAAGAGAAUAUCGUGUAAUCACUGCUUACAAGAACUGAGCGUGCUACACAAGCUACCAAAGGCCAUUUAUUUUUAACAACCUCUCUGCUUUAUUUAAAUCACGGGGGGAAAUCUCCAUUUAUAUACCUCAGUAGGAUGCCCUGAUAACCCAAUGAACUCACCUUGGGGUUACUUCAAGUGUUCCUUUUCAGAAGCAGCAGUAAGUUGGACAUCAACCUGCCUGUUUUUAACAGCUAAUCUUUGUUUUCCAAAUGCCUUGUGGUCACUGAUGUAGUUUUUGGGUAAAUACAGAAACCUUGCGACUCGUUUUUCACGUGGCAAACCUGAAUCACAGAAACGAGAACAAAGUCACAGUGGACUUGGCUCUCGUACGCCUGUCCUGCCUGACAUGAGUUUGGGACGUGGUGCCUGACCUCAGGACCUUUCUGGCCGAGGACUGUUCACGUAGCGCUGUGGGAUGGCAGUCUGAAAUUGAAGAUUUUUGCCCCGCAACCUUAAACGCCGUGGCUCAUUGCAGGCUGGGCAGAGCUGCAGGGGAAGGAGAACGCGCUGCUGUGCCCUGGGUGGGAACUGGCUCCAACAGAAACGUGGUUUAAUGCUGUAGCUGCUGGGUGGCAACCGAUCUAUUGCAAUCUGAGAUUUACUUGAGUCAGUUCUGUGGGUAGGUUGGAUGUGUCGCACGUCAAAGGGGAUCCUCAGUGCUACACUGGAUCAUUCAACAGUAGCCUAAUACAUUGUUCGCUCGCUUGAUAAAAGCUUCAGGGUAGCAGCGUUACAGAUUUUUGAAUACAAACUCAGCAUCAUCAUUUAACAGAAGUUUUGUGAACAUGUAUUGAAACACGGGGGCGUUUUCGCAACCCAUGGGUCCCAUUCCUCCCACCCUGCCUCUCACUGCCCAGCCCUGCUACGAACCAGUAAGUGAUGGGACAGCUGAGGAUAGCAAGGAGCAAAAUAACCGUAUAGUUUGCAAAAGGGAAAUGAAGCUGGUAGGCUGGAUUCAUCUUUCGUAACUUGUGCAUCAAACUUUUAGAUAGAGAAAUCCAAGUUGCUCACCCUAGGCUGCAUUUGCAGCCAGUGCUAGCUCCAGAGGGCAAUUCGUUUGACCUCCCUCCGGUUCUUCAUGUAGGAUGAAUCGCUCUCUGGAUAUAACUAUCUCUUUCUGUGGGCUAUAAAAAGGAUUCUGGAAUGAGUAGUGCAAAUUUGGGCUUUUCAUGAUUAAAUUUGGGGGUUUAAUGAUUUAAUUUAGGGAUGAUGCAUCUUACGUAAAGUGACCCAUUCCACACGGAUUAAUCUGUUUGAGCAUGGAUUAAUCUUGUAUAUGGCAUCCUGCGUUGAGGCCAAAAAACUGCUAAACCAGGGGUGUUUCAAGAACCAGUUUGUUUCCUUCUGCCUAGAAGUAAUCACCAAACCGACUUGGUAAGCCGUACAUCCCUGUCUUCUAACGUUGCUUUUUCUCACUGUCCUCCAGUUUGCAAGACCUGGAGUGAAAUAAUUCCUGCCAGAACCAAGAUCCUUGAAGCAGAAACAGGCUGGUCUUUAAGAGCUCCAGGAUGGGGCAGUUUUGCAACACUUAAAGAAAGAGCAGGACGUGCCAGCCAAAUACAGGAGGGAGCAUCAGUAAGUAGAUGUGCUGACCCAGAGCAAGGCCGUCAUGGCCCAGAAAAUAGAAGAGCAAACCUGCCCAAGGUCAUGCUGUUUUACCUGUUGUGCUGAUGCUGCUUGAAGGGUUAACGAGGACCUGGAAGCAAGGCUCUGCAAAGAUGUUGGUAUUGUUUGAAACUCAGUGGAUGGAGCUGGUCGCUGGUGCCCUUUAUUCUGGCCAGCUUGGGUGAUCUCAGGAGGGCAAAGCUGCUUGUCAUCCCUGCCAAAGCCAUGUUUGGGAAGCGGCACUCUCACUGCAGAGCCCUUGAGAGAAGCCUUUGAGAUCAAAGGAUAGAGAGGCUGAAUCACACCAAGACAACUUGCCUCAGGCCCGAGAGCAGGAAGAGCUGUUCCUGCGCAGACCAGCGGUACCCAAGCGUUCACCUUUGCUCUCCGGGGGCUGCCGGUUCAGCUGGAAACCGCAGGGCUCCUGGGUGACGUUUUCCUCUCCUCCCACUGAAUCAGCCUUUUAUUUACUCUUUGGAAUGCAAAGUAACAGGACACCCUGUGAGUUUUAUCUCUCUCCCAAUCCUUUGUAUCGCUGUGGAAGUUGCCGGACCGGAUUGAACGUUUUCGCUGCAGAGCUGCAGAUGGAGAUGGGGUGGUUUCAGGGUUGUCUGGCAGGAAUCCGGGUGGGAGGGCACUGUCGGUGAAAUUUGAAUUUAGGAGUCACACGCUGGGAACAGAAUCUUUGAGACACACUGCAGGGAGGAAGCCCCUUUGUCACUCUUUGAAUCCGGCCCUUCGCUGGUGUGGCAGCGUGGAUGGACGGUGCUCCUUUGCCGAGCUAGACUUGCUGGGAACUGCCUCCACCAGAAGACUUUCCCCUGCAGGCAGCCUGCCUUCAUUCCUUAUGUAAGCAGCUACGGGUUUUUCCCUUCUUUUCACGUGGGUGGCAUUCCCAGGGCUGGGAGCAGAUGCGGAAGUCUCCUGCCUGGUCAGGGAGUGUGUGCUGCUCCUGCAGCUAAUCCCUGUCUCCUCUGGGACUCUCCUGGGGGUCGAGCUCACGGCGGUCUAGCUCUUGCAACUUGCCUGCAGUUCUGACAAAGGCAGACUUAAUUCUCAGAUUUCAGCGGGGCCUAAAGCCAGUGCUCUCCUUCCUCCUAAAGGCGCGCUAGACCUCAGCUUGCCGCUCAUCAUGCUGUUGUGGCCACACUGAUACAACAUUGAGAGGAGGAGGUGACAGCGUUUAUUGAAUGAACUGAUAUAAGUGGGAAGAAACAGAGGCUUUGCUGCUGACUGCUGCCAUUCCACGCGGGUUUCCUUGUGGAGUCUGUACACCAGGGGAAACUGAGGCACAGAAGACAUGGGGCAACAUCUUUCAGACCCUUUCACUUGAUUGGC